AUGAUAGUUAUAAAUAAUAAAUUAAUUUAUGGAAUUCUUUCAUUGAUUUUAUUAAUAUUAACUAUCCAGAUAAACUGUAAUAUUUCUGAUAAUGAAGAUGGUUCUUCAAAAUAUCCUUUAAGAAUAGAACCUAAAGGGAAUAAUUAUAAAUUUGUUACAAAAGCUGGUAGAAAUUUUCAAGUAUCAUGUGUUUUUGAAAAAGAAGGAAUAGCAAAAGUUGAAGAUAUACAAUGGUUAACAGGAGAUAAUCAAAAAAUUGAUGCAUAUUCAAGUAAUAGAAUAUUUACAAUUGAAUUAAAUGAUAAACAUACACAUAAUCCUAAAAAACUUUUACUUUUUGAUCAAUUAGAACCUAGAAUGUCUGGAAAUUAUACAUGUAAAGGAAAACAUUUUGAUCGUGAAUAUUCACAAACAAUUCAAUUAAUUGUUACUGAUAAUUUAAUAUGGAAUAAUAAUGAUGAUAUUGUAGGAGGAAUGGAAGGUGAUCCAUUAAUAAUUGAUUGUGGUGCUAUUGGUACCCCUGAUCCUGAUAUACAAUUUACAGACGAAAAUGGUGAUUUACUUAAUGAAAAUGAAUUUAAAAUUGCUGGAAAUGAGAUUACAAUAGAAAAAUUAACAAGUGAUUUUCAAGGAAAAAAAAUUAAAUGUAUUGCUGUACAAUAUUUUGAAGAACAUGAAACAACAAGUAUUGAGGAGAAAACAUUUAAAAUUGAUGUUUGGACUGUUCCACAAUUUGAAAGUCAUUAUGCUGAAAGUUAUGGUAUUGUUGGAAGAAAUGGAAGAGUUGAUUGUAAAGUUGUCAAAUCAAAUCCACCAGUAAAAGAAUUUAGAUUUUUUAAAAGUAAUGUUGAAAUUGGAGUUAAUGAAAAAUUUAUGAUUACUGUUGAUACACCAAAACAAGAAGCUACACUUCAUAUUUUUAAUGUUGAUGAGGAUGAUUUUAAUCAAUAUCGUUGUGAUGUUACAAAUGGUAAAGCUUCAAAUCAUCAAACAAUAAUUUUAAAAGUUUCUAAUCCACCAUCUGAAGUUAGAGCUACUCUAAAAAAUGUUCAUAAACAUGCUAUUAAAUGGCAUUUAACAACAACACCAACAGAACCAUCUGAUAGUGAUACAGCAAAUCUUCCUGUAACACAAUAUAUCAUUGAAUAUGUAAGAAAAGAUAAAAUAAUGAAUGAGAAUGAUGAUGAAAAUGAUAUAGAAAUAAAUGUAUCAACAGGUUGGAGUCUUUUUGGGCAACGUCAACUUUUUAAUGUUACUCAUGAUGGAAUGUACAAAAUUCAUGGUCUCAGACAAAAUACAUCAUAUCUUUUCCGUUUUACAGCAGUUAAUGCAGCCGGUACAGGGAAUCCAUUUAUUGUAACAGCUAAAACAUCAUCAGAUCAUCAUCAUAAAUAUGAAUCAAGUUCAAGUAUCACUAAAAUAACAAUAAUUAAUGAAAUUUUGGUUUUCUUAGGCUUUUCUAUUUUUUACCUUUUAACAGUACAUUUUUAA